AAGGACUAGAAGAGAGACAGGAGAUCUCAGUGGUGGCUACACAGAGAAGAUGUCCAGCCGACUUCUUGCCCCAGCUGGAUCUUCACUUCCUAAGCUUCCUGUGAUUGAGCACCCCUUGUCUCGCCUUGGUGACCCAGACACCUUGUCUCUCAGAGGAUUUUCCAGGGCAGGUAGUGGAGUGCAUCUUGAAGACAAUGAGGAACAUCUCAGAGAAGGUCUUCACACUGCAUCCUCUGCUUACAGUGACAAGAGUCUCCAUCUGAAUUCUCCAAAGUACCACAUACCCCAAGGCGUGCAGGUCACAGCUGCUGCCAGUUCCAGCAAGGCACGCCUGCCCAUCUUUGGUCAGAGAGCUGCCAUCGGAAGUCGGGCUGAGAGCAGAGUGAGCGUGGUCAGCAGUACAUCCAGCUCAGUGUCGCGGCCAGGAACACAGCUUAGGCUUGAGGUGGAUGAGCUGGAACAUGUUUUGCAUGAAAAGUUGAGGACUGGUGGAUAUUUUGCUCUCAGACAGCUGUUUAAAAAUAAUGAUCCUGAAGGCAAAGGACAAGUUAAUAGGGAUGUGCUGCUCAUGAUGUUAACAAAAUUUCUUGGAAGGCUAAUAAAUUCCAGGCAGUAUCAGCAACUCCUCCUCAGAUUGGCGCUCAAUGAAAAGACAAUAAUAAAAUUUGAAGAACUGUACGCAGCACUAAGGGAACCAAUACCAUCAGGCCGACCUACGUGGCUGGACCCCAUUAAUAGGAGAUCUGAGGAUAAAACUCUGACUGCAUCACAGGUUCAUGUACAUUUUAAGACAAAGCAAAGGUUUCUGGAUUUUGCUGAAAUCAUCUCAAACAAGAAGCCCAAAGAAGAUGCAAGGAUUUCUCCUCCUGAAUUUAGACUAAUACUGGGCCAGAUUGGCUUUCACAUGGACGAUGAGGAGUUUGAAAAGUUGUGGAAAAGGUAUGAUGUGGAGGGAACAGGAGCGCUCAAAGUGGAUUUCCUAUUGAAAAAGUUAAGCAACAAAGUUCAGAACAAUUCUUUGAACCCUGUGGGUCCAAAGGGACACUCUAGGGAAAUGUCAAAGACAGAACUGGAACGGAAAGCUUCGCUCAGUAUUGAGAAAUGGUUCAAAGAUAAGUUCAGAGAAGGAUUUCGAAAUAUGAAAGAAGAAUUUGAGAUUCAUGAUCCCCAAAGAAUUGGAAAGGUGGAUCAAGAUGAUUUUAUGGCAGUUUUGGAAAAAUUUGACCUUAAGCUGAAAGAUGAGCAUUUUCACAUCUUCUUGGCAAGAUGUGGUCUGGAGAAUAGUCUGACGGGUAUCAGCUACAUGGAUUUUCUAAGGAAGUUUCAAGAUCGCAGCGAUAAAGGCAUCACCCACAAGAUACUCUCCAACCCAAACCAUAGGUUUCAUCGUGAAGGUGCAAUUAGCCCACUGUCUACCCUUACUGCAGUUGAGGCCAAGCUAACAAACCUCUUCCAGGCAGAUUUCUUGGCAUUGCUGGCAACAUUUGAGAAAAUUGACAAACUCAACAGAAACAUCAUAAGUCAGGAAGAAUUCCGAGCAGCUAUAGAAAGCAGGUUCGGUGUGGAGAUUACUGAUGAAGAUUUUGAGCUGCUUCUCGACAGUAUUCCUCUUGAUGAAGAUGGAAAUGUCAAGUAUUCCCAAUUCAUGGCCAUGUUCGAUUCUCGGAGGGGAGUCCCCAGUCUGUUCGAUGAGAAAUCUAUGGUGUCUGAUGAGCCUGAAGAUAAAAAAUAUCCAUCUGGGCGAACGACUGAGCAGCUCUUUAAAAUUAUUAAAAGUUUAAUACAUGACAAUUAUGCUGCCGUCGAAAGGGCAUUUGAAGAACUUGAUGAAAUGAAUUCAAGGCGUCUUACUCAAGAAAAUAUGUACUUGCUACUAAAAGGGUUUGACAUACAGCCUGCAGUCACUCGAGGAGAAAUACGCAGAAUUUGGAACACCCUCAUCACAAACCAGGACAAAACCUUGGAUUACUUGCAGUUUGUGAGGCAUUUUGGGUAUUCACCCAAAUCUGCCUGUUACCCCAAUGCAAAAAUCAGCCCCCCAAAGAAAGGAGAUGGGAAUUUUAAAAUGCGAUCUAAUAAGCUGAAUUGUGACUCUGACAUACUCAUUGAUAACGUUCGUGCAAAGGUGGAGUACUUGUGGGAUGAUUUGCACAGAGAAUUUGAAGAUCUUGACCCUUAUCACACAGGCUACGUGAGCAGAGAAGAAUUCCAGGAUAUAUUAUUAGAACUUUGUAUCCAGCUGAAUGAAUAUGAACGUGAAAUGUUGACCAAGAAAUUUAAUAAUGGUGAUGGCCGGGUAUCAUAUAUUGAGUUCCUUAAACCAUUUGCAACACGUCGACAACUUUGGAAAACUAAAACUAACAUGGUGGCCGUUAUGCAGAGUUCUCAGGAAGAUAUUUUCCCUUCAGAAUCUGCGCCUUCCAGCCUUGGAAAACUUACAUCUAGAAUGCGAAAGAAGCUGCAGGGAGAGUGGAAGACACUUCGCAGAGCCUUUAAAAAGUUGGACAUGGAUAGCAGUGGCUACCUGUCUCUGCCGGAGUUUAGAUCCGUCCUAAAGCUGUGCAACUUUGUGCUUGAUGAAGACGAGGUGUAUCACAUCAUGUCCAAGUAUGAUCAGAACAUGGAUGGCCGCAUCAACUACAAAUCCUUUUUAGAGCACGCAUGCAAAGAUGACAAACAGUCUGCUUCUCACACCCCACUGGCAAACACUCUUUAACAUGCAUGUCAGUCUUCUA